AUGAAUUAUAAGGAUUUCUUAGAAAUUAGUGCAUAAUUUAGUUUAGGAGGUUUAAUAACUGAAUAAGCUCAUCCCAAUACUGUAGGUUUAUCAGAAUUUGCUAAAAAUGAUUUAAAAACUGGAAUAUAAAGAAUGAAAGACUUAGAUAUGUAUGUUUUUGAUGUAUUGAUGAAUAAAUUGGAUUAAUUGGAACAUAUGAAUAAGAUGGUUUUGGAAACAUGGUCUAAAGGUAAUAGAGUGUUUAUAUGUGGAUGUGGAUCUACAGGAAGAUUAGCAUUAACAUUGGAAACUCUUUAUAGAUAAAUUACAAAACAAACUAAUGUAAUAUCUUUUAUGGCAGGAGGAGAUGUUGCUAUUAUAGCAUCAGUAGAAGAUUUUGAAGAUCAUCCAGAAUUUGGAGCUUAGUAAUUAAAUGAAUUAGGUUUUAAAGAAGGAGAUUUAUUAAUAUCAUCAACAGAAGGAGGAGAAACUCCAUGGGUAAUAGGAGCUGCUUAGGAAGCUAGUAAAAUUGGCAAACCAUUUUUCUUAUAUUGUAAUCCAGAUGAAGUAUUGACAGUCUAAAGAAGUUAAGAAGUAUUUAAUAAUCAAAACAUUAAUAAAAUAAAUCUCACUGUUGGUCACUAAGCUAUAACUGGAAGUACUAGAAUGCAAUGUUCUACUGUUUUAACUUAUGCCAUAGGAUUAGCCAUAUUAUGUAAAGAAAACUUUAUUGAUUAUGCUACAAAUUCAAUCAAAAAUGUUAGACAAUAUUAUGAAUCUAUUGAUGCUUAUCAAUUUAUUGCAAAAUUCAUAGAAUUAGAAGCAGACUGCUAUAUGAGGAAAGAAUAUGUAUUCUAUAGAUCUAAACCAAAUAUUGCUAUUAACAUUUUAACUGAUACAACUGAAAGGUUCAUAAUAAUCUAAUAAAUUUAAGAUGUCCAACAUUUAGUUUACAUCCUUUUGAGAGUAUAUUAGAUAAUCCAAUAAAUCCAAGCUGGUCUUAUUUUGUUAUGGAUGUUAUUGAAGGAAAUAAUAAUAAUUCAUUAGAAACUUGGGAAUAAUUGCUAUAUGGUAGACAACCAAGGGCAUUGUCAUCAAAUUAUUGGCAUAAAUAUUAACAUAAAGUUGGUUUAGAAAAAUGUAAAUUUUUUGAUUGUAAUAUUUUAUAGUACUAUCUCAUGAUAUUAGUUAGGAUUAAAUAGAGAGAAGAAUUAAAUAUGCUGGAGGAAAUCAUAAUUAAUUUAGAAUUGUUUAUGAUUAAGACAAAUUAGAGAUGUCAUGGGAAUUUCUGUCACCAAAAUAAGAGUAAAUACAUUUUGAAAAGAUUAAUGCUAUUAAUGAUGUUUUAGGUUAAAAUAUUGUACUUAAAUGUCUUAUUAAUAUUCAUUCAACUUUAUUAAUGGGUAGAAUAUAAAGAUAUCAAAGUAAUAUUAUGAUAUUUGUUCGACCAACUAAUAAUAAAUUAAUUGAUAGAGCAAUAAGAUAUGUUCUAUAUUUAUUGAAAUAGAAUAAUAUUGUUAAUGAAAAUAUUACCUAUGCUUUGGUAUGUGAAAAUCUAUUUUAAGAAAUUAAAACUUUAGUUUAUGGAGAAUCUAUUGUAAUAAAAACAUUUGAGAGAGUGAAGAAUUUAUUUUCUUUAUGA